AUGGGACUUUUAAACUCCAACAGACAUUUUUGGCCGACAAACAUUAUUGGACAUACAGUCGGGUUCUAUUCAACACGGUUGUUAUUUUCAGCAAUCCAUGAAAAUAAACUCGACAAACACAGCCAUUUACAAGUAAAUUUGGUUUUCAAAAAAAGACUCAACUCAAUCUCUCGUUUAUGA